AUGCUGAACCGUCUGCUGGUGACGCUGGUUCGUCACGGAGAAUCGCAAGACAAUCAGCAAGGGAUAUGGGCGGGCUUCAGGGAUACGCCGCUAACCGUCGACGGCGUCAAUCAGGCGAGGGCGUUGGGACAAUCCUUUGCCAAUGUGCCGCUCACAGCCAUCUACUGCAGCGACUUGAAGCGAGCAGCCAUGACAGCAGACGAGGUCCUCAAAUCCAAUCGGUCCAUCCCACCGCCCCCUUUGGUGCAGUCCAAAUCGCUGCGAGAGAUCAACUUCGGGCAAGCCGAGGGACAAAGCUAUGCGCUCGCAGAAUGGAUGCAAGGUUCGACGGGUCAUGAUGCGCGCAACUUCCGCUUCCCCGAGGGCGAAUCGCUCCAGGAGGUCAACGCGAGGGUAGCAAAGGCGGUGCGCCAGUUCAUCCUUCCACGCAUCGAAGCGCUGCGCAAGAAGCCUCCGCAACAGAAUACUGCGGCAGCUGAUCUCGUCCACAUUUGCAUCGUCGCUCACGGCAUCGCCAUCGCCGAACUGCUCCGCGUCUUUAUGGCGCUCCACGAUGCCUCGACUUCCGAUGCCUGGCCAGACCCAAAGGGCUCGUACCAACGCGUGCGUCUGGAGAAUACCGGUUGGUCUCGUCUCGAGAUAGCAGUUCCUUUUCAGGGUGACGACAAUGAUCCCUUUGUACCGGGCUCCACGUGUCCCGUCAAAUCAGACGCCGCCGCAGGUGACGCUGCAGCUCAAGCAUCGUCAUCCUCGUUAACCCGCCCCGAUGCGCAGUCAGGGUAUACCGACUUUGGCGAGUUGCAAACCGAUCUCGUGGAGGGCCCUGCCGACGCAGCAUCCAGGACGCCAAACAAGUCGGCUCUGCCUCGAUCCGAGUCUGCAGCCCGUCCGAUCUAUGUGCGCAUCCUUUGUCAGAAUCAGACCGACCAUCUUCGCACCUACAACCCGCAACAAGGUCCUGCCGCCUCGGCCGCCAAGACCGUAGCCCAUCUGGCUGGUGGUGGCGGGACAAUUGUGUCACCCGCUGGAGCCGGCUCCGGGUCUUCAGCGGCAAUAGCCAACCAAGGUGCGACCGCGUCAUCCGCAGCAACGGUCGGAAUCCCACAUUCGGCAACCCUUGCCUCCAUCGCGUCCCUCGCAGGCAGCUCACACGCACACCCCAACAUAGCAUUGAGUCCAUCAACACCCGCCGCGCCAGGCGCAUCGGCCUCGGCGAAUGGCACGCCCAAGAAUGCCACGAUCACCCCAGCGUCCACUCGCAGCCUCAGCUCUUAUGACGCUAGAAUAAUGGCGCGCGAACUUGAGCGCGCAGGUGCUGCCUCCAUGCUGGCUGGCUCUGAGGCGGGGCCGUCAGGAAGCGCAACAAGCUACUACCCCGUGUCGACAUCUUUUUCAGCCUCAACAGCCGACCGACAAGGAUCGGUCGCUGGGCAUGCUGGCAACGCCGGUGCAAACGCAAGCGCAGGCGGGUCUCAUGACCGCAGCACUUUUCCUACAUCGCCCGGCGUGAGUGGCUCGCUGGCCACAUCUCAUCAAACGAGCUCCCAGCUCGGCGCUGCCUAUUCUCAGGGCACGCCAGGGAGCUUAGCGGGUGCCGCGUCGCCGAAUCCCACGAGCGCAAAUUUCCAACCAGGCCCUGGCGCUUUGUCGGAUACAUGGCAGAUGGUGUGCAUCCGAGUCCUGCCUCUCUUCAACGGCGAAGCGCUUCGCACGAGCAUCGAGGACCUGAACGAGAUGGUCAGUCUUCACGUGCGAGACACGCUCGAUCGUGGUCAGUCUCAAGCCAUCGAAUCGCUCACCCUCGAUCUCAUCUCGCUUGCGUCGACUGGAACAUUGACCCUCAAUUCCAAAUUGCAAGGUCUUGAGGAUACGCGCCUUCUGCUCCGCUUGGUCGAGAUCUGGACCUUCUUCCUUGGCCAGGUACUGCCUUACUGCGAAGCUGCCUUCCUCCCUUUCCAGACGGAUCCAACCAUACGUAGCCUUGUGGCAGCCUCGAGCUCCCACGGCACAGCAGCGACAAAUACCUCCGGCUCGAACAGCACCGGACCCUUCAGCAAUGGCACUGCCGUCACACAGUCCAGCGCGGCGGCCAUCCUUUCGAGCGCAGGAAACACUGGCCCCGACUUUCAACGGAUCGAUGUUCGCAAGGUGCUGCUCGUCGUGUUCCGAAACCAGGUGCUCAUGCCCAUCUACAAGAGACUCUUCUACCUUUUCGCCCAUCUCACCGAGCUUGAUCCUGCGUUCUCGGCGGCAGAAGAUGCCAACACUGUCGCCGGCGGAGGCGACGACGGCAUCAAGCAAGUCUCAUUGCGCUUGUUGCAAAUGACGAGCGUCCUCGCCAGCAUACUCAGCGACGAUGAGGCGCAGGAUGCUAUGGACAGCCUCCUGCGUGCCCUCAGACUUGGAUCAAAGAGCGCUUCCAACGGUCGCCACCGCGGCACCGGUGAAGGCCAGAGUGCGCGCGCCGCCUCACCGACGCAGAAGAACAACCGUCGAGGCUGGAUGGCGCAGAAAGCUCGCAAGCACGGCACAAGUUUGGGCUCGGAAGGCGACGCGAGCGCCAUCGGCAGCAUCCACGGCCCCUCGCAUUCGUUGCAAUCAGGUUCCGAUGGUCAGAGAUCCUUGUUGACCCGACCGUGGCAUGUCCCCAACUUCAGGGAUCGUCUCGGUCCUUACUUUGGUCCAGAGAUGACAGAGGACGAGUACCUCAGCUCUUUCCAAUCGCCAGCAGGCUCUCCGGCGAUGUCGACCCCUGGACAGCCAGAAUCGACCUUCACCUCGAUCGUGGAUCGGAACGAGUCGUCAUCUGCAGCAGAUGCGAAUGCCUUGCAGAAUGGAUCGGCUGAUGACCAGCCCGACUCAACGCCGAUGGUCACACCGCGAACGGGGGUGUCGAGCGCUCUGGAUGUCAACGAGGCCGAGCCAGUCGCUGCAACUACCGCGCUGGCAGCAUGA